GAGCUUAAAAGUAAAAGUUUGGUUCAUAUUCUCAAAUUCUCUUCUGCACUUCCUAUCCUAUCUAUCAUCUCCAAUAAUAAUGGAGGACAUGAGAGCACGCGCCGCCGCCAAGGGCUUCCCUCUAAACUCUCAACACAUAUCUCCACGAGCCACCACCUUUAACCGCUUCUUUGCUGCCCUUUACGCCUGCGGUCUUUUGGCUUUGUUUUACUACCACAUUUCUUCACUUCUCAAUUCCACUUCUUUCGCUUCCUUCUUCCUCUCUGUUUCUCUCUUCAUCUCCGACGCCCUUUUGGCCUUUAUGUGGGCCAAUUCUCAAGCCUUUCGGAUGAAUCCACUCCGGCGCCGUGAAUUUCCGGCCAACUUGAAACAGAUACUGAAAACGGACUCGGAUUUUCCAGCGCUGGAUGUGUUUAUUUGCACGGCGGAUCCGCAUAAAGAGCCGCCGAUGAACGCCGUCAAUACGGCCUUAUCGGUAAUGGCAUACGAUUACCCGACAAGUAAGAUCUCCGUCUAUGCGUCGGAUGACGGUGGCUCCGCCAUGACGCUGUUUGCUUUUAUGGAGGCGGCGAGGUUUGCUGCCACGUGGCUGCCGUUUUGUAGGAAAAACGACGUCAUAGAUAGGAAUCCAGAUGCCUUCUUUACUUCCAACAACCACGAUUGGAACUCCGAGAUCGAAGAGAUUAAGAUAAUGUAUGAGGAAAUGAUAAUAAAAGUAGAAAAUAUUUGUGAAAAAGGGAUUGUUGAAGAUGAAUUGUUGAAUGCAAAAGAAGAGCGCAUGACUUUCAAUCAAUGGAGGACCGAAUCCUUUACUCCUAAUCAUCCCACUGUUAUUCAGGUAUUAUUACUUUCAUUUUAAAACAAAGACAUUAGGGGUGAGGCAUUACCAAAUCUCAUCUAUGUUUCAAGACAAAAAAAUGUAACUUCUCAUGGUGCUCUUAACACUCUGCUUCGAGUAUCUGCUAUAAUGACCAAUGCACCAGUUAUUCUAACUUUGGAUUGUGACACGUAUUCCAAUGAUCCUCAAACACCAGUUCGUGCUUUGUGCUAUUUCUUGGAUCCAAAACUUGGAAAUAACUUAGGUUAUGUUCAGUUUCCUCAACGGUUCCGUGGAGUUAGCAAAAAUGAUAUUUAUUGUGCAGAGUUAGAGCACGUAUAUAUAAUAAAUCCAUCUGGCAUGGAUGGAUUUUUAGGCCCGUGUUACGUUGGUACAGGGUGUUUCUUUGUUCGAAGGGGAUUCUUUGGAGGUCCAUCAUCACUUGAGUUACCCGAACUCUCCAAACUUAGUCCAAAUCAUGUUGUCGAAAGGCACAUCAAAUCUCAAGAGGUUUUGGACUUGGCCCAUUUAGUUGCAAAUUGUGAUUAUGAGAAUAAUACUGAAUGGGGUUGUAAGUUGGGGUUUAAAUAUGGGUCAUUCGUGGAGGACUAUUUCACAGGAUAUUGUAUGCAAUCUAAGGGAUGGAGGAGUGUAUUCUGCAACCCAAAAAGGGUUGCUUUUUAUGGUGAUGUGCCGAUCAACCUUCUUGACGGGUUGAAUCAAAUCAAAAGAUGGAGUACUGGGUUUUUGGAAGUCGCUUUCUCAAAGUACAACCCAAUCACAUAUGGAGUAAGAUCCAUGGGGCUUCUCAUGGGGCUUUGUUACGCCUUUUUUGCAUUUUGGCCCGCUUGGUCCAUUUCGGUUACUGUCUACGCCUUCCUCCCUCAGGUGGCUCUCAUCAAUGGCAUUCAAAUCUUCCCACAGGUUUGGGAUGCAUGGUUUGUAGUAUACAUAUUGUUGUUCCUUGGAGCUUAUGGUCAGGACCUUGUAGAGUUCAUCCAUGUUGGAGGAACAUUCAAAAAAUGGUGGAAUGACCAAAGAAUGUGGAUGAUAAGAUCUGAAUCUAGUUUACUGUUUGGAUGCAUAGAGUUCACAUUGAAGUCUCUUGGGAUUAAUCCCAAUUUUGGUUUCAACCUCACCAGCAAAGCGAUGAACGAAAAACAAAUCAAGAGGUACAAGCAAGAGUUGUUCGAGUUUGGAGUUUUCUCGCCAAUGUUCGUUCCCAUAACCACUGCUGCCAUCGUCAACUUAGCCAGUUUCGUCGGCGGGUUGAUCGGAAUUUGGAAAUCAGGCAGGGCGUGGGAACAUUUGUUUCUUCAAAUGUUGGUGGCUGGAUUUGGUGUGGUGAAUUGUUGGCCAAUUUAUGAAGCCAUGGCUUUAAGGAAUGAUGAAGGGAAGUUGCCACCCAAACUUACUUUCUUUUCCAUCUCUCUUGCUUUACUUAUUUGUUAUUUUGCUACUCUUUUUCUCUAGAAAGAUACUUUCGGUUUGAGAAUGUCUUACUCAAUAAUUGGAAUACUUAUCAUAAAAUUAAAUGAAAACAUAUUUAACUUAGAUCUAAAA